UAAAAAAUAUUGUCAUAUUCUGUAACAGAUGGUAUUGAUGGACAGAAACAUCUUUUCCUGGAACGAAUCGACCGUUGGCCAGAAUAUCGCCACACCUGUAAUUUCGUUUUCAUUGGGAUCUCAAGGAUUAGACACAUGCUCUUUGCAGCUGGAUCUCUCAAUCCCUGUAGCAUUUGGAUUAACAGAUGAACCCAGGCGUCAUCGCAGAGCCCUGGAUGGACGUGGAUUCGGUGGGACGCAGUUCUCAGAUAAUGGUACUGAUGUCGGAAGCGGAAUCAACAGCACCAUGACAUACCAUGCAUUCGACGUGCCGGCUGCAACGACUGUGGUUGUGAUGUAUCUGUCGUGGUGGGAUCACGCUGCCGCCUACAGGGUCUUCUUCCGUCACGGUGCGCUGCCAACAGAGGAGCUGUAUGACGACAUGGAGACGGUGAUGGAGGAGGAUGUUGUUCUGGCAUGGCAUCGGGAAACGGGCAGCUCACGAACCUGGAUUCCUAAUAUCGAGCGACGCCGGGGAAAGCUAUACGUUGGGAUCCAGACAAGAGGAUCUCAAACAUUUCUGCACAAUGCGCCUUCUGCUGAUGAUUACAAACUGCGGGCAUCAACUGUAAGUUGUAUGAGCUGGAAAUAUACAUCAGAGCAAUGGGACAACGACUGUGGGGUUAUUUUGGAUUUAUCCGAAAGUGCCAUGCGCUGUAAUUGCAGCUUUCCAAAGCCGGAAGCUGUGAUUGGUGGCAGCGUACAUUUUCCUCCAAACUCUAUUGAUUUCGACAAGAUCUUUGGAAAUCCCGAAAGCCUAACUGAAAAUGACAAGGUGUUUUACGUGGUUAUUGGCGAGUGGGCCCUCUACCUCCUGUUGAUGAUCAUCCUAAACGUGGACUUUCGGCGUCUUCGUGUGAGUAGCUCAUUUUUUUUGUCCUUCUAUUAUUAUCUUUAUCAAUUUCAUAUACAUAGACACCAAUUGCAAUGCGCAGGCACAAUCAUUAAAUGGUUAUGCUAG